AUUGCAUCUUCAGUUGUUUUUAAAACAUCGCGAUUAAAAAGAGCUUGAUUUGUUUAUAGAGAAAUCGCUAAGUAUUGAAUUUAUUCAAUUAACUCAGUGUUUAAACAGAUAAAUACGCACGUCAUGCAAGCGGAUAUUCGAAAAGUACAAAAAUUGGUGAAGCCACAAACGCAGCGGCGCAAGAAGCAGCACUUCGACCAAAUCGACGCAAUGGAAUCGUUCGCGUCUCCGAAACGUCAAAAAGCAGAUGAUUUAGAGGUUACAGGAAUAUCGCGUAGUGGGCGUGUGCGCAAAAAGUCCUCCAAGCUUAUGGACUUUGAGUCGCCCGAUGACAUAGCGGACAGCAAGUACAAGCGGCAAAAAGCUCAACAAAUACAUACCCAACAUUUACUGGAGCGUUACGAAACACAACGAGAGCAGCAACAUGUCAGCCAAAGCUAUGUUCCCCCUCAUCCACCAACUCCAAGGCAACGUAAGAAUUCUGGACCACAUAUCAUGCCAGGAAGAGUCAAGGCCGAGCCGUUGUCCGAACACGAAGGACAAUCGUCAGGAUCUGAUUUCGACGAUGACACCGGACUGCAUGAUGAAGACAGAUACAGUAUGGAGUCAGGUAGCGAAGAGGAAGUUGAUCCGCUAUUAAUAGAUGAUAGAGAAACUGGAUUUAGAAGGUUGGAACCGCCUGGUCAAGAAGCUCCGUCACAGGCAAACAGCCUUUACAUGCUUGAAAAGUGCAAAAAGAAAUUGAUUAUUAAGGAUGGAAAGAUCAUUGGCCGAAUGAAAGCGCAAAGAAAAGACAAGGGUAAAACGAGAUUCACAGCAUACAUGCUAUGGGCAAAAGAAAUAAGACAUGAGUUGAUGAAACAGUCUCCUGAAAUGGAUUUUGCAACCAUUUCCAAACGCCUCGGCGAACUAUGGGCCACAGUUCCUAAUUUGGAGAAGUACAAUUGGCGGAGACGUGCAAAACGUCUAGCUGCUAAACCGAGCUUAGCAACCAAAAAUGAGUCUGUCUGGAAAAUGCCUCCUCCGACAUCAAGGAAAAAAUUUAUUAACAAGAUUGGCAAUGGCAAAGAAACAAAAACCAGCCCCUCUAAAAAGACGAUCCAACUAGGUGUUCCAUCCGUAGUAGGAAAUAUUCCGGUUUCUCCACCGUCCAGUAGGGGUGGUAAGGACUUGGUAAAUGAGCCAGUCAUCGGCACAGGGAUGUACAAAGUGGUAGGCAUGCAGCCCGUUGAUGUAGCUGCUCAUUUGAAACUGCUUGGUGAGAGUUUGACUAUCAUCGGUGAAAGAUUGAAAGAACAUGAGGGCCAGAUAGCAGUUUCAGGUAGCCUCUCGGUUUUAUUGGAUUCACUGCUCUGUGCCCUGGGUCCGUUAAUCUGUCUUACUCAACAAGUACCUGAGACAGAUGGUGCGCAGCCUGAUACGCUUUCUCAAAUGCUAGAUAAUAUUGCAUACAUUAUGCCCGGUCUGUGAACAACUGUCCAAGUGAUACGACUCAUUUAAUGCACGUAACACGGUUAUAUGUAUAUUGAAUCCAUUCAAUCAUCACAUGUAAUUACGUCACAUGAUAAAAAAAUAUAACAUUAUUUUAUUAAAAAAACAUACGCAUUAUUCAGCUAAACUGUUUGAUACAAGUGAUUGUGAAGUCACAGAAUAAAUAUACGCAAUCGAGAUGUAUGAACUAAAGAUAAUGUAUCUAGUUUGAUCUUAACGACAAUAAAUAUUUACACAUAAA